GAUAGAUAGUGCAAAUCCUUUCAGCUAAUCUGUCAGCCAGCCAGUGACAUCACUUGAAAAAAGAGAGAGAGUGCAACACAGGACACUUAUUUCACCGGGAUCAAACGGACUGCUUCACCUGUAACAAGGCAGCUUUUUGCUCUGCAAGUCAAAAGAUGCGAGGUUCAGGUGAUCAACCUAAUUCUGCGACAUCACGGCUACAGGAGAGACAUGUCUGGGAUUCUGUGAAGAAAGCUGCCUUCAUCCUGGGCUCAGGACUCUUCGUGUUUGCAGCCUUCAGGAACACUGUGACCUGGCAUUUGCAGCAGUUCUGGGGAGCUUCCGGGGACUUCUGGCAGUCACAGUGGGGAAAAGCGCACAGUUACUUCCAAGGCAACGAAUGGGUUCUCUUCUUCCUCGGUACCAUGGUGAUUCCAACUAUGUCCUUCUGGAUUUUGAACAGUCUCCUUCUGAUUGUGGAUGCCACAGGAAAACCUCAGCUGAUUACACGCUACCGGAUUCAGAGGGGCAGGAAUGACCCGGUGGAACCUGCUAAGCUUCAGCAAGCCAUCAGAACGGUUGUAUUUAACCAGGUUUUCCUGUCGCUCCCCAUGGUGGUGGUAAUGUACCCCAUCAUGAAGUGGAGAGGUAAUCCUUGUGGCACUGAGCUCCCUACUUUUCACUGGGUGCUGCUGGAGCUCUGCUUCCUUGGGCUGCUGGAAGAGGUGUUUUUCUACUAUUCUCACAGGAUUAAUUAUAUUUUGUGGUGCAUGUUUGUUUCUCUUCUGUCAUGCACGGGUUGUCCAGAUAUCGGUAGAAGAGUAUUUAUAAUGCUUGAGACUUUCACUUCUUUCCCUCAGAUGUCUAACAUGCUACCACCUAUGGUUGGACCGAUUAUCCUGGGAUCUCAUGUGGCAACUAUGAUGUUGUGGUUUUCGUUGGCACUGCUGCUUUCCACAAUUUCACAUUGUGGUUAUCAUCUCCCACUGCUGCCAUCACCAGAGUUUCAUGAUUUUCAUCACCUCAAGUUUAAUCAAUGCUACGGUGUACUGGGAGUCUUGGAUCGCCUACACCAGACUGACACCAUAUUCAGAGAAACUAAAGCAUAUGAGCGUCACACGCUCCUGCUCAGCCUUACUCCUCUGUCCGAAAGCAUUCCGGACUCCCCCAAGCGCAAGUGAAGGAUCCUUAAAACCUCCUUCGGGAUCUGGUAACUGCACAAUCUUUUAACCCUUUCCUCAUAGAUCAUUAACACUUGCUAGUUGCAGUUUGGUAUUUUGAGGAAUUUUUUUUAAAAAUGCUUUUCUGAGAAGUCUAUUAUUCAGAAACACUAACUGCAGGGACUCAGUAAAUUAGGUGGUCUAAACCAUAACUUACUUUUCUGUAAAAUCUUUUUUAUAGUAACUCAAAAUUAUAGUUCACGAAUAAAGUGUGUGUGUUAAA